GUGCCAGCAGAGUGGCAUGACGCCCGAGUAUUCCAAGUUCUGCCUCGAGGCAGCCAACUGGAAUUUUGAUCAAGCCAUGGUCACGUUCAACGCGAAAAGGGGAGAACUGCCACCAGAUGCGUUCGCUUUGGUCGGACCUUAGGAAGGGAGAGAAGCACCUAGAUCCGUACUUGAUUGUCUCGAGUAAUGGAUACGGAGCAUACAUUUGCAUUGCGGGGGAGUUCGUGAAAACUGUAGUGGCGAUAACCUACAACACCGAAUCAGAGAAAUCCACACCGAAAUUUCCGAAUUUGGCUCAGGGUAGUUUGCAUUAUAUACUACUUAAGAACCUAAGCAUAUCUCAAGGGCGGAAUCAAGAAAAGGGAACGAGGAUGGCGUCUCACUCAAGAGAGAUGCUUUGCAAGCCAGUGGUUGGGGCCCGGUCCGACCGCCGUUGCCUCUACAGGGAUAGGCUCACAGCGAACAAUCACAUAAAGUACCAUGCAUUUUUCUUGCAUACCCAGCGUAUUCGAACUGCCUCGAUUUGGAAUGUAACAGCCCUCCGAUGGUUACCAGUGCCUUACAUUUGGGCACCUACUGUUGAUGUUGAGAGGUGGUUGGUCACAGACAAGGUCGAGCCCAGUAGAUAACAAAUGGCUCCCAAAAAUUGCCGCCAACAAAUAUGGAGAUCGGGAAAUGACUUGACUUUCAUAGGCACGGACGCCAACAACUGCAACGCUCUGUGCAUUUGCUCACGGAAAAGUAGCUCGGGCGUGAAAUUGAGAUGAGCAGCGUUCUGGCUGU